CCGCACCUGUCCGCGCCGCGCUGAGCCCCCCGCACUCCGCCGCCGCUCCCCGCCGCCCCUCGGUGCCUGAGUGUCCGGCACCCCACUGCACACACGCCCGCAGGCGCUCACGCACUGACUUGCAGCACUGCCCAGGCUGCCGAGCAGCGCCUCCAGCAGCCCCCUCACUCCUUCCCAUCUCCUCCCUCGCUCCCGCCCGCUGCUCCGGAGGAUGCCCGGCUCAACGAGUUGUACACCAUUUCAGCAGACAUGUGUGAUCAUUCCACCUGCAUAUCUGGAGUUGCUUUAUGCCUUCACUGGUCUUUUCAGUGACUACUAAAAACUUCUUGAGACUGAGCACUGGAACAGAUGAGUUAAAUUCUUCUUGAAUAUUCUUUGUUGGAAGUGGAUGUAUUGGACUUUCUGAAUGUGCAUAAGGACGCAAAGAUUUUCUUUUUCCCAGACUUCAUCUUGUGUUGCCCAUGUAUUGUCUGUGGAUUAAAGUAUGUUAAGGGCACCAUUACCAUACUGUGCCCAGGUACCUGUUCUGUAUCUGGCUCAAGAGUGCUUGAACUGUUAUGAAGUCCCAGAGAGACAGACUGAAGAAGUCCUGAAGAUUGAUGGAGGGCCAUGCUAUUCAAACAGCAGGUGUUGCUGAGACAGAAGCUCUUUGUGCUAGGCAGCCUUGCUAUUGGAAGUCUCCUAUAUCUAGUUGCCAGAGUUGGGAGCUUGGAUAGACUGCAGCCCCUCUGCCCCAUCGAUGGUCGAUUUGGACCCCGCAGCCAGGAUGAAAUCCCGCUGCGAGCUCUGCAGUUCAAGCGAGGGCUACUCCAUGAGUUCCGUAAGGGCAAUGCCACAAAGGAGCAAAUACGACUGCACAAUCUGGUUCAGCAGCUUCCCAAGGCCAUCAUCAUUGGAGUGAGGAAAGGAGGCACACGUGCACUGUUAGAGAUGCUGAAUCUUCACCCUGCAGUGGUCAAAGCUUCUCAAGAGAUUCAUUUCUUUGACAAUGAUGAGAACUAUGCCAAGGGGAUUGAGUGGUACCGGAAAAAAAUGCCUUUUUCUUACCCUCAUCAAAUAACAAUUGAGAAAAGCCCUGCAUAUUUUAUCACUGAGGAAGUACCCGAAAGGAUUUACAAAAUGAACUCGUCUAUCAAAUUAUUGAUCAUUGUCAGGGAACCCACCACAAGAGCUAUUUCUGAUUACACUCAGGUGCUGGAAGGCAAGGAAAGAAAGAACAAAACUUACUACAAAUUUGAAAAGCUGGCUAUUGAUCCUAAUACCUGUGAAGUGAACACUAAGUAUAAGGCAGUGAGAACCAGCAUCUACACAAAACACCUGGAAAGAUGGUUAAAAUAUUUCCCAAUUGAGCAGUUUCAUAUCGUAGAUGGAGACCGGCUCAUCACAGAACCACUGCCGGAACUCCAGAUGGUCGAGAAGUUCCUAAAUCUUCCUCCGAGGAUAAGUCAGUACAAUUUAUACUUCAAUGCCACCAGAGGGUUUUAUUGCUUGCGAUUUAACAUUGUCUUUAAUAAGUGCCUGGCAGGUAGCAAGGGACGCAUUCAUCCAGAGGUGGACACCUCUGUCAUUACCAAAUUGCGCAAGUUCUUUCAUCCUUUUAAUCAAAAAUUUUACCAGAUCACUGGGAGGACAUUUAACUGGCCCUGACCUAAACUUCAUGCAACAUUUUCAGAUGCAUCUGAGACAUGCAGUAAUGUCUCUACUAAAAUAUGCACUUUUGACAUAGUAUCAAAGUAAUGUUUUUCAUGCAUACGUGUACAUAUGCAGUGUGUGACCAAAUAUACAGUGGGAUCAAUUUUUUCUACAGAAUAGUAACUAACAUUAAUUUACCGUCAGCAUAGUUGCAUCUUCUAAGCUAUACUAAUAAAGGACAAAGAGGUACUUAGGGAAAUAAAGUCCAACACCAUUAAAAGGGUCAGUGUUCCUCUUGCUUGAAGUGUUUAUGUGACAUACUUAUUGAUCUAAGCAGAAUUUUAGUUUAUGUCAUACAAAUUCAUGUCAAAAGUCUGUGAAGCUGUAAGAAAGCAUAAUAUUCAGGCUAUAUUUGGUAUGUGUAUUGCUGAAGGAAUACUGACACUUUAAAUACCAUGCUGAAUUUUUACAAUGAGAGUGGAUAGUACUAUUUUCUUAUUAUUUGAAAUUAAUAUCUCAUUAAACUACAUUGGUUUGGAGUUCCUGUGGUGAGUUUGCACUAUUGUUUUAUUGUAUGGACCAUAGUGUCACUUGUAGCAUGUCAAUCAUGUGUCAAAAAAAAAGUCAAACAACUUUUUCUUCUAUGAUUGAGUGUUGACAAAGACAAACAUCAUGUACAUAGUGUACAAUGUUUGUAAAUACUGGUUUCACACUAAGUAAUUCUAUUUUGUAAACUGAAUAUGGCUAUUUAAUUUAUUGUGAAAAUUAAAUUUAUUGUGGUAUUUAAAAAUGGAAUGGAUUAAAAUUACCUAUAUGCACAACCGUUAUUCACCUUUCUUUGAUGUAUAUCAGUGCAGUUACUUAAACUGGACAAACCAUGUUCAUGUUUGUGCAAGAGCUGCGUGUGGAAACUUGGUUUCUGAACAGCUGUGAUAACUGGUAUAUGAGGUGAAGAUGAGUUUAUUAAAAAACUCAACCAUAUGGGGAUAUGGUGUUAUAUACAGCUCAAAGAACAUCACUGCUGUUCUGUUACAGCACUUUGCAAUAAUUAAUUCAAUUUCAAUAACCCAUGAGGCUAAAGAACGACUCUAAAAGAUUACUGUAACCAAGUAUAUCAGAAAAGCAGAGCAGCCAUUAAAACCAAAACAACAGACAGAAAAAGUAGAUUAGAAGAGCUACAGAGAUUUCAUCAUAGGAAGCCAGUAAUGUUUCAGAAGUCAGGGAAAACUGUAUAACUGUUUUGAUACCUCUGCUUUUAUCUGAUAACACAUGCUUCUGCUCAGAAAUAACCACACUGUUGUUAGCAUUUGCAUAAACAGGUAGCUCAGCUUGUGUUUCUAUUCUUGUCAGUAAGUGACAAGAAAUUAGUACAGAAAGUGAGUGUUUUAGUGCUUUAUACAUUGUAUGACCCUUAAGGAUUAAUAUGAAAAACAGUAGGAAUAUUUGGAAAAUACAUUUUAAAUUAAGAAGGAAAAAAGAGAAAAAGAAAACUGGCCUCUACAGAUUGAUAGGGAUAUGGGUUAUGGAAGGUAUCCAGAAUAUCUGCAAAUUCUGAGCUACAAUAGCAGAGUAGUUAGUAAUACAGAUUAUAAUAAGAUCAAGUUUUCCCUGUGGGCUGUUUAACUGGCUCAGCGAUUUGGAAGCAUCAGUUUUCUAAAUAAGUGAUUUUUAAAUCUCUAGUGAGAGAUUGCUACUUGUCUUGCUGUUUUUUUAAUCGUAUGUGCUAGCACAGUGAGCAACGUGCCCUUUCUUCAUGCUAAUUCAGAGUCUUGCCAACACAACACAGUAGAGCAUAUGUGGAAUUUUCCUGAGAAGCUACAGUACUACACACUGAUUUCCUGCACAACAGCCGUUUAUCAUGCCCACAUCCAUACGUAGAGACUGAGGCAUUUAACUCACCUAAUAGCACUCAAAGAGAAGACUUUACCUAUUUUAAAAUUUGCACAAUCUUCAGUUGACCAGUCAGGUACCAGAUGGCUUUUGUGAUACUUAUUGGCUUAAGGUAGUCUUGUCUACAAGCUCCAAAAAAGGGUUGAGACAUAUUUUCAAUGAAAGGGAUAAGUUAGGCCAAAGGUAUUUCAGGCCUUAACAUAUACAUCUGAAGUGAACAUUUCCCUGUAUUGUCUUGGAAAAAAAAAUAAAAAUAAAAAUAAAAUAAAAUUUAAAAAAUCACAGCAACUGGUUUAAAAGGUAAAGAUUACUCAUGAGAGUCAGCUGGAUUGAUCUCCAGCUUCUCAUUUGCAAUCUUGGAGAUACAAGAAGAAAUGUAGGCGAUAUCCUUGGCAGAUCUGGUGCAAAAAAUAAAGCACAGAGAAAUAGUCAGGAAUAGUAGGGGAAGAAAGAGAAAUCAGAGGCACUGGAAUGUGUUAAGAAGCCUAAAAGUGUAGGAUGCUGGUUAACUUUCACUGAGACUUCAGUGCAACGUCCUUGAGUCUUUUUGACAUUCCCUGGCAAAAAGAAAAUUUGAGACUCAGUUCUUCAUACACCAAUCCAGCGCACCACCCAAAGCAUGCUUGUAGGUUAAUGGGGGUUUUGCUGCAGUAUUCAUAACUGGUUUGAAAAGUUUUGACCUUAUAUUAUUUGCCUCUUCAGGAACAAUUUGUGAGUAACUCACUUCAGCCUCUUUGCUUUUCUUCCAAAAUCCUGGGUGAAUCAUUUCUAUUCAAACAGAUCACAAGUGUUCAGUCUGAGAAGAAUGCUCAGAGCUUGAGUGUAUGAUUGCAGUGAUGCACAGUUAUAUGAAGCUGCAGCUGUUAACAUAUGUCAUUCAAGUUCUCUAAAUACAUUGCACCAUUUGUAUUUUCUGUACUGUAAAAUUGCAGGCUUCGUAGUUCUGAUAAAUGUUUGGAUUAAAACUUC